GUCUGCUCCUCUCCCUCUACUCAUCUCCCCGCCGCGUCGCCCCCGGCCUCCGCCCUCACCCCCACAGCCACCACAAAUCGACGACCUCGUUUCCCAUGCGCCCCUUCUCAUCCCCUUCCCCGGUUCAUCGGAGAGGAAAAUUGGCAGGUCGAGCGACCAGAUCCGCCCACAUCUGGCCCCGUUGCAACUGGCGACGACCGCGGUGUUGGCGGGCGGCGCCAACACGCCGCUCUCGGCCGUGGAGCUGCUCCCGCCGGGCCACCCGAGCCCGUCCGUCGCCUGCUCGCGUCCCGCAGUGUCUUCUCCGAACACACAGCCGACGGCGGUACGUGCUUCUGCUGGCGUGGCCACGGCUCCACGAGGCCGUGCUCGACCCCGCCGGUGCCGAGCCCUUCGCGCGCGCCCACGCCGGCCUCCCUGCCUACGCCUACUAUGGCCAGGACCGGGAGGCGAACGAGGUGAUGCUCAGGGCCGUGACCGGCGUGUCGGAGCCGUUCAUGGAGGUGCCGCUGGACGGGUACUUCCCCGGUGGAGGGAUUGAGGGCGUGGCCAUGCUCGUCGACGUCGGUGGCAGCUCCGGCGCCUUCCUCGCGAUGAUCAUGAGCAGGGUGCCCACCAUCCGCCAGGGACUCAACUUCGACCUGCCAGACGUCGUCGCCGCCGCGCGCUCCCAUCUCUGUGAAGAAGGUGCAGGCAUGUAGCCACGGGAGCAAGGGACGGCUUGAUCUAAAUGGCAAGCUGAAGUGCAGCAUUCGUGUACUGACUGUAAUACUCUAGGUACUAAAGUGCAGUGGUCAUGUGAUGUUAGUAAUCUUGUACGUACUAUACGGUGGGUACUUAACUGCAGUCGUCGUCACCGACAGUAAUCUAGUAAGUUGAAGCAGUGAUUGAAAGUUGAAGCAGACUAACUAACAAACAAAUUGGCAGAACAUAGCACCACAAUUGACCGUGACAAUGCCACGACCAAUCGUUACCACCACCACACACAGAAAAUCUAAAGAAACAUAUGUUGUUUUUGGUAUCAACAUAUGCAGGAGACGAGUUUGAUAAUGAGGUUUCAGAGCAUACUUGGGGUAAACUAUGCAUAAUGCAUUCUUGCUGAUACUGGCUUCAGAAAAAUUAACCAGUUAAGAGUUCACAUGCUAAUACUGAAGAUAUUGUGCCAUCCCUGUCCCUACCUAACAUGGUAAAAAUGAAAGGAUAGGCAUAAUUUUUGCUAUAUUUUUUGUUAGUUGGUUUUGUAGCACACUUAUGGUAAAUGCAUAUGCAUUCCUUAGCAUCUUUGCUUCAGAAUGUUUAACCUGUUCAGAGUUCACGGUGUCAACAUCAACAGUAGAUGAGUUACAGAAAAAAGAUGAGUUUGAUAAUGAGUUUUUUUAGGGCCGAUAAUGUGGUUCACAUGCUAAUAUUGAAGAUAUUGUGUAUACUGCAGUUUUAUCA